AUGACACCAACAACAGCAACGUCGGCCUCAGCGACGGCAUCUCCUACCUGUAUUGAUAUCGCCCCUGGUAAGAAUGGAUAUCUACCUCCAGAGGCAUGCGGCUCGCUUCUUUUCUACGAGCCGUCUUUCGGGGCAGCGAUUUUGUUCGCCGUUUUAUUUGGUCUCACAACAUUAGCUCAUAUAAUUCAGGCUUUUGUGUACAAUAAGCGUUACGCAUGGGUGGUCAUCAUGGGUGCCACGUGGGAGCUUUUGGCUUUCGUUUUCCGGGUUAUGCAGACGCGUCAUCAAAACCAGGACAUUUGGGAUACCAUGUACGAGCUAUUCUUUCUAUUAGCACCCAUUUGGAUCAACGCAUUCAUCUACAUGACACUCGGCCGCAUGAUCUACUACUUCUUGCCGCAUCAAAGACUCGCAAAAAUUUCUGCGCGCCGUUACGGAAUGUUGUUCGUCUUCUUAGACAUCUUAGCAUUCUUGGUCCAAGUUGCCGGCGCCUCGAUGUCAACCAAUGACAGCAUGGGCCAAAAGUUCGUCAUGCUCGGACUUCAUCUCUACAUGGGCGGCAUUGGGCUGCAAGAGCUCUUCAUCCUCUGCUUUCUAGGCCUGACCAUCAAGCUCCAACGGAAAGUAUCUGUAUUGAGAUACAUGGAGGGCGGGGAAGAUGUCAAAACGCCGGUUCGACAAGGCCUUUUCCAUCCUUCGCGACUAUUCUAUGCGGUUUAUUUCGCUCUUGCUAUGAUUUCCGUCCGGAUCAUCUUUCGACUCUGUCAGUAUGCGCGGGGGUAUGAUGAGGCAAAUCCGGUUUUGACGACCGAGUCGUAUGAGUAUGUUUUGGAUGCGGCGCCAAUGUUUUUGGCUCUGCUUGCGCUGAACAUGUUUCAUCCGGGGCAAAUUAUUCGGGGGGAGAGGUCGGAUUUCCCAAGGCUAACUCGUGCUGAGAAGAGGGAGCUUAAGCAGCAGAGGAAGGAUAUGAAAAGGGACAAGAAGAGGAUGAAAAGAGAGUUUGAUUUGGAGAACUGA